AUGACGACUUCGCUGGUCCUGCAUUCACGCUGGGCGGACACACUGAUGUACGUUUAUGAAAAAACCCCGAAUGAAAAUAUUCAAAAUAAAAACCAAACCAUGGAGGGACUAAGCGGGAAUUGCCCUGCGACCCACUGCAGGGAACUUAUUUCGCACCCAGCUUUAGGGCGACAUGCUGGCAGCAUAGCGACUCACCAGGGCUCAGUGUACUCGGAAAUAUCCUCUACAGAAGCCGGCCGACAAUGUCCCGCGCCCCAAACUUCAUCUAGCGCAUCCUUGGGCUAUGGUUACCCUUUUGGAAGCCCUUAUUAUGGCUGCAGAUUGUCUCACUCACACAACUUGCAGCAGAAGCCUUGUUCUUAUCACCCAGUGGAGAAAUACGCCGAAACAAGCAGCUCGUUGCCUACCGAAGAACUAUCCAGCAGGGCCAAAGAGUUCGCUUUUUAUCCUGGAUUUGCCAGCUCAUAUCAGGCAGUCCCGGGUUACUUAGACGUUUCAGUGGUCCCCAGUAUUAGUGCACAUCCCGAAACGCGGCAUGAUGCGUUGAUUCCAAUGGAGGGCUACCAGCACUGGGCUCUUUCUAACGGCUGGGACGGGCAGGUGUACUGUUCUAAAGAGCAAACGCAGUCUGCGCAUCUCUGGAAAUCACCGUUCCCAGAUGUGGUUCCCCUACAGCCUGAAGUGAGCAGCUACCGCCGCGGCCGAAAGAAGCGAGUCCCCUACACUAAGGUGCAGCUCAAGGAGCUGGAGAAAGAAUACGCGACUAGUAAAUUCAUCACCAAAGACAAGAGGAGACGUAUUUCCGCUACAACAAACCUUUCUGAAAGGCAGGUCACCAUUUGGUUCCAGAAUCGACGUGUGAAAGAGAAGAAAUUUGUCAGCAAGUCCAAGAACCCUACCCACGCGCACAACACCUGAUACCCGCUCGAGCUUGUUCUCACUAUGAAUUAAUUGUGAUUUAAACUAUUGUUUCCUAACAGAAUCACUUGAGUGAAGACUCUGUUCUGAAUUCCCUUUCUCCCAGAUACGCUUAAUCCUAUUUAUAAAUUAAAGCUCGAUUCUGUUGCAUCAACACAAUUACUUCUCUGGACCUGGAAGAGAUGCUGUGAAAAACACUAGGAAGCAAACUGAACAUUGUCUUUUAUAUGGCCGUGUAAAGAUUUGUAUAUAUGUAUAUGAUAUUUAAUAUAAUCCUUGUUUCAAAAAGACGCGUUUUCCCGAAUAAUUCACACACAACUCUCUGUUUCUCACAGCAUUCUUAUCAUACAUAAAUGUACUUUUUGGGGAAAACCAGAGAGUUGAUUCCAUUAUCCAACUCAAACGCUAUAAAACAGAAUAAGCGAUUGUAUGUUACCUGGAGAGAAAAUCAAAGCACUAGCAAGCAAUGAAAAGUAAAUCAGAAAGCCAAGGCCGCGAACGAAACAAAGAAACUGUCUUCUGCAUGGACCAGCAUGGUGCAGAUUCCCAUCUUCACAAAAUGAACUUCGAAAGGAACAGGGUAUAAAACGUCUCGAUAGCAUGUAAAGGCAGACCAUUGAAGCAAGAGUCCCAAUUUUGAAAUGGACCAUACAAUGGUUUCCUUAUUUAAUUUGUAUACCCACGUUCUGACAGCAGUUGUGUAUAUCAUCACACUUAGUUCCUUUGUCAGUGAGGAAUAUGUAUUUCUGUCAUGCAACUGGAGUUAUUGUAAAAAAAAAAAAUUAAAACGGCUGAGUAUUGUACAAUGAUGCACAGUAUACUUUCUCGUUUUUCUUUGUAUGCACACAUCAAUAUGUAAACGUUUGUCAUCUUUUUGUGCAUUUUGUGAAUAGAGUGUGUGAACUGUA